AAACCUACAACAUCACCUACCCCCACACCUACAAAAUCUACAACACCAACAAAAUCUACAACAUCAUCUAAACCUACAUCAACAACUACCACAAAGUCUACUACAACAAAAUCUACUAUUAAGACAACUACUACAUCUACUCCAACAACUACUCCUACACCAACUCCGCGCUACGACUGUCCUGAAUGGGAUAAAAACACCAACGAGACCUUCAUCUUGUGUAACUGCACCAUGGCUAGGUGCAUUGAAGACAACGUUAUUGAAAUUAUUCCAUUUAAAUGUCCUCCACUGCAGAACAUCACCUGUGAAAAUGGCAAAAAACCUGUGCUUGUCUAUGAUGAGCACUACUGCUGCCAAUAUUACGUAUGCGACUGCUUUUGUGAAGGCUGGGGUGACCCGCAUUACAUCACAUUUGAUGGACUCUUCUACAGUUAUCAAGGAAACUGCACUUACAUAUUAAUGCAGGAAAUAAGGCCUCGAUACCAUUUAAAGAUCUACACUGACAAUGUCUACUGUGACCCCAUUGAGCAUGUAUCCUGUCCCAGAUCCAUUAUUGUGUCUUACAACAAACAAGUCAUAACGCUUAAGAAUCACAAUCUCAUUGGAGGAGCAGACCUAGAGGCUAUUAAGGAUGAUGUUAAGUUAAAUCUGCCAUAUGCUUUCAAUGGUGUGAGGGUUAUAAGCUCAGGCCUAGACCUGUUCCUGAAUAUUCCACAGCUGGGUGUUGAUAUAACAUUCGGAGCCACUGGCUUUAGCAUCAACCUGCCAUUCCAGCAUUUUGGAAGCAACACACAAGGCCACUGUGGAACGUGCAACAACAACCAGGCUGAUGACUGCAUGCUUCCUGGAGGGAUCUUGGUGGACAACUGUGCAGUGAUGGCGGAUUACUGGCCAGCCAGUGGUGUGAACGGUGAAAUUUGCACUCCACCAACUGCAUUACCUGCAGUUAUCCACAGUAAAAUCAAACCUACAACUAAGCCAUGCCAGGCCCAUCCUGAGUGCAACCUCCUCAGCAGCGAGCUGUUCGAAGCAUGCCAUUCCCAUGUGUCCCCCAAAAACUUCUUUUUAGGAUGUCAAUAUGAUAGUUGUCAUAUGAGCAACCCUGCCGUGGUGUGUACCAGUCUGCAGAGCUACGCAAGGGCUUGUUCUCAAUUAGGGAUCUGCAUAUACUGGAGGAACUACACUAGCCUUUGCAAUAUUGAAUGCCCAACAGAUAAAGUCUUCAAUCCUUGUGGUCCAGCUGAGCCACCAAGCUGUGAUAUACCUGAACAGAACACCAUUAUAGUGCCCACAGAGGGCUGCUUCUGUCCUGAGGGCACAUUGCUUUUCAACAAGAAGUCAGGAGUCUGUGUGAACAAAUGUGGAUGCCUGGACUCCUCUGGGACACCACGUGAGUUCAAUGAGGUUUUCGAGUACAACUGCGAAGAGUGUAUCUGUGAUAAGGCCAGCAAAUCGGUGAUCUGUAAGCCCAAGAAGUGUCCUGAUGUGAAUCCUGAGAGCUGCACUGAGCCUGGCUUUGUGCUGGUCAAUGUCACCAAUCCUUCAGACCCAUGCUGCAGCAAACAAGUUUGCAAUUGUGAUGUCAACAUGUGCCCACCUUUUAAUAAAAAGUGUGCAGUCGGAUAUGCUCCAGUCCUGAAAGUGCCUAAUGGAAAAUGCUGUCCAGAAAUCAAAUGCGAGCCAAAGAAAGUGUGUGUCCACAAAAACACAGAGUAUGAGCCUGGUACCAACAUCCCCAUCGUUGACUGUCAGGAAUGUAGCUGUACAUGGGACGUGGAUCCUAAAACGCGGUUGUUCAAGAUCAAAUGUGGAUUUGUGCAGUGCAAUGAGAAAUGUGAAUCUGGUUAUGAAUAUAUUUAUACAAACUUAACCAACUGCUGUGGAAAGUGUGUGCAAACUCACUGCAUCGUCAACAUCAGUGGCUUCACUCAAAUACUGCCGGAAGGAGCCACUUUGAGCAUUCCAAACCAGGGCUGUGACAAAAUCGAAUGCACUAAAGUUAAUGGACAGUUCAUCGCCAACAAACACACAGUCCAGUGUCCUCCUUUCAACGCUUCCAACUGUCAGCCUGGCACUGAUCAGCUGUCACCUGAUGGCUGCUGCCAUGUUUGUGUGGACCAAAUUAAAGGAUGUCAAGUACAGACCGUUCGCAAUUACAUAAAUCACAAUGACUGUCAAUCAGAGAAGAAAAUGGACCUGACAUUUUGUGGUGGAGAUUGUACCAGUUUUAGCAGGUACACAGAACCUGGGUUGUCAUCUUGUAGCUGUUGCCAGGCCAAACGCUCAAGUAAUCGCACAGUGAAUCUUGGUUGCGUAAAUGGAGAGAUAAUAACCCACACAUACAUCCAUGUUGAAGAGUGCUCCUGUAGCAGAACUAACUGUCAUGAAAUGGGAGCGAUCCAAACACUCACUGAAAACGGCAGAAGAAAACGCAGCUUCGGACUUCCGUGAGCAGCAGCAGUGAAUCAUUGACCCACUCUCUGAAAAACUACUCUCAAGUAUCUUUGAUCAGAAAUUAAUUUAAAUUGCACAUGCUUUCUUUAACAUUUCUUAAACUAUCUAUAGAGCUUUUCUUUUUUCUUUGUUAAAUGUGAACUCUUUUGCUUGCUUGAAAUUAAAAAAAAAAAGGCAAUUAAAAAGGCAUUUUAAAACUAAA